UCGUUAGCUUUCCCCUGAUAGCUGCUAUGCUCUAAUUAUGUAAGUUUAUCAAUGGGAGUUGACAUUUAAUUUAUUUAAAUCUGACUGCUGAGGCGUACCGACCCUGUUCACGGUAAUAUGGAUCGAUACAACGAGGUGAAACUCCAGCUGAAAAGCUGGGAGCAGGGGUUUGUUAAAGACCACCAGAGGAAACCAAACAAGGAGGACAUUGACCAAGCUCCAGAAGAGACCAGAAAGAUGUAUAAAGAAUACCGCAGUUUGAAACAAGCCAAAGAAAACAGCAGCAGUGAUGCAGCCAGUGGGUUCAAUGCUGAACAGGCCACAUCUACAGCUGGGAUCAACACAGUCCAGAAGGAGGAGGACUGUUGGGGUGCCCAUCUGAACCGCAGUUCAAUGCCUAUAUCUUCUCCCAGACUGACACCCGAGGACAGAGACAGUCUUAAGGCGUCUGCCCAGUACUAUGGCCUAAAGCUUAAAAGUAACCUGGGAACACUCUGUAAGGAGAGACCUGUCUCACUGAAGAAAUCUGUUGUUCAUGGUCGGGUGCCUCUAAACUCCUUGAAACACGGACAAACUGGACAGUCAAACAGCUCUGUUGCUGCCGGUGCCACUCUCAAGAUCACUUCCUCUGAACCCAAAUCCAGCCCUUUCACACCAAGAAGAUUUAACCCGGGCCUUGGGUCCCUGGCUUCAAAGACACCCCAGAAAGUGGAGCCUGAGGAGUCAUUUGAACAAUUUGAGCCUGUCAGAGAUUCUUGUGAAGAACCUGCUAGUGCUGCCAGUAGUUGUAGUAGUACUAGUAAUAUUAGUAUUAAGAAUAAUACUAGUAAAGUUAUCAGUUCACAAAAAACAAAUGUCUCUUGUCUCGCUCCCUCUCCAGCCAGACCUUCUUCCUUGUUGUUGUCGUUAUCUUCUCCACGUAGUGUAGGAAGUUCAAUGAAAACUAUAGGAGCUCCAGGAGACAAAAAAGAAAAUGUUGAAACUUUAGGAACACCACAUAAGGGUGUGGAUGAGGAAGGUGUUGGAACUUUGCUUAGCUUGAGAGGAAGCCCUCAGGUUCUUGGAGGUUUCAGAGGAGGAGUUGGAGGCAGAGGCAUUGGAGGGAAGCCCUCUCCUGCCAGCAGACUGAGUUUUGUUGACAGGAAGUGGCUGGAGAGGUGUCAGGUGUUUGGAGAGAUGGUGGCUGAGGUGAAGCCUGGAGCAGGCAACCAGGAUAUAGAGAUAGAGAAAGGAGAAGAGGGAGCUAGGGGGAGAGAAACUGAAGGAAAAAUACAAAUAGAGGAAAGAGCGGGAAAAGAAGAAAUGGAUGCAGAGGGAGAAAGAAGAGAGGAAAUAGACUUGGGAAGAGACAAAGGGUUUAAGAGUAUCACAAGUGACAAAAAUGUCAGCGAUAGUGCACCAAAAUCUUCUCCACAACACACUGGGGGAAGGAAAGAAAAAGCAAAAAGGAAGGGAGGUGAGGCGAUGGAAAAAGGAUUGACGCCACCUUUAACACCAGAAGACGAAAAUAAAGCUAGUCACAAAUCGAAAGAUACAAAGAAGAGAGGGAGGAAAAGGGAGAGAGAGGGAGAGAACAUGGAGGGAGAGACGACAGAGGAGGGAGGAGUGAAGAAGAGACGUAGGAAUGGCAAAAAGAAAGAGAGCUCUGAUGUAAACACCAGCCCAGUUCAAGUAGCAGGGAAGAAAAAGAGAGCCAAGAAAAAGGGAGACGAAGAUGAAGACGCAGAAGAAGAGAAAGAGACCAAGGAACCAAAAAAGGUUCCUCAGGAGAACUUGUUUGGAGAAAUGGAGGAAGACUAUGCAGCCAGGAGAAUGCAUCGCACUCAGCCGGUCAGAGCCAGCGGCAAGAAAGGCCCAGAGGGUAACUUUGUGAAGAUAAAUCUGAAGAAGAAAUCUCAUGUCAAAGGAUACGCGGUCAGAGGUGCAGGUCUACGGAAACAGAUGUACGCGCAGAAGUUCCAGCUGAAGGGCGAACGCUUUGGUGGAGGUGGAGGAUUUUUUGGCAGAGGAAGGAGGGGUGGAUUCAGAGGGGGGCUCAAUCGACAGGGUGACACCUGCUACAAGUGUGGAGGGACCGGACACUGGGCCAUGGCCUGCAAGGGACCAGCCCCUCCACCUCCUGUUACUGAGGACCAGCCGGCUGAGGAGGUGCCGUUUGAACUGCCCACCCUGGAAGAGGUUGCCAGGGCAACAGGCACACUGCAUCCUCAGCCACUGGGGGCAUCUCCCAGUAUCACAGAGGAGCAGCCGCACCAAGAGAAGGAGGUGGACAGUAACCAUAAAGAGGAGGUGUUGCUGAAUGUGAUUCGUCCUGACUAUGAGCGUCCCGCCGCUCCACCACCAAUGGAACCACUUUAUCAUCUCAGAGAUGAUGGGAAAGUCCAGGAAACACCUGCUGAGGUUUUCGAAGCUCUAAAAGACAUCGGCUAUCAGUCAUUUAGACCAGGACAAGAGGAAGCCAUCAUGAGGAUCCUUUCGGGUCUCUCUACCCUUGUCGUGUUGUCAACAGGGAUGGGUAAAUCGUUGUGCUAUCAGCUCCCAGCCUACCUGUACGCUAAGAGAUCAAAAAGCAUCGCUUUGGUCAUUUCACCUCUAGUCUCACUAAUGGAUGACCAGCUGUCCGGCCUGCCAGACAAUCUGAAGGCAGCCUGUAUCCACUCCAACAUGACGAUGAAACAGAGAGAAGCUGCGAUAGAAAAGGUGAAGUCAGGCCAGGUGUGUGUGUUGCUCCUCUCUCCAGAGGCUCUGGUGGGUGGAGGCGGUUCAGGUUCAGGGUGUCUCCCCUCGGCUCAGGAGCUCCCUCCGGUGGCCUUCGCCUGUAUAGACGAAGCUCAUUGUGUCUCAGAGUGGUCUCACAACUUCAGACCCUGCUACCUCAGACUCUGUAAGGUACUUAGGGAGCGGUUGGGAGUGCAGUGCUUGCUGGGACUCACAGCCACGGCCACACUGUCCACUGCUAUGGACAUCGCACGGCAUCUGGACAUCACUGAUCAAGAUGGCAUUGCAGUUCGAUCCGCAGCAGUGCCUCAUAACCUGCAGCUGUCUGUGUCCAUGGAUAGAGAUAAAGAUCAGGCUUUAGUGUCCUUGUUGAAGGGCGAACGUUUUGGUUGCCUGGACUCCAUCAUCGUCUACUGCACCAGAAGAGAGGAGACUACUCGUGUGGCGGCGCUGCUCAGGACCUGCCUACAAGGAGUGCUUGUGAAAGAAAACAAACAGACCAACCAGGGCAGUCAGGCAAAACACAACCCCAUAGGACAAAGAAAGAAAGAUCUGGCAAGGAAGAAGAUACGUAAACCCUUGAAAUGGCAGUCUGAGUCGUACCACGCCGGCUUGUCGGGGUCAGAGCGCCGUCGUGUUCAGAACAACUUCAUGUGCGGGGAGCUCAGAAUUGUGGUGGCCACUGUGGCGUUUGGCAUGGGCCUCGAUAAAUCUGACGUCCGUGGUAUCAUCCACUAUAACAUGCCUAAGAGCUUUGAGAGCUACGUUCAGGAGAUUGGGAGAGCAGGAAGAGACGGAGAUCCAGCCCACUGUCACCUCUUCCUGGACCCUAAUGGUGGGGACCUUCAUGAGCUCCGCCGUCAUAUCUAUGCGGACACAGUGGACUACUACACAGUAAAGAAACUGGUCCAGAAGGUUUUCCCUCCAUGUAAAUGUAAACGGAUACACCAGAAACAACAGGAACUUGUAAAGGACAUUGAAGAUUCAGAGCUGAUGGAAAUGAUGGACGCGUGUGAUCAGGACAGCAGCCUGGACCCUCACGGUCUGCAGGACAAAGUACAUACAGACACACCAGUACCGUCUACUGCACAGGAGUCGUCACAUACUGAUUCAGUGGGACAAAACCUACAAGAGGGUAGAGAUGAAGGAGGGGAAAAGGAGGAGAAGAAAGAGGAGCAGACAGCUGAACACGAAGAAGCCGACGGUCCGAUGAAUGAAAAAAAGGACGUGGAGGCAAAAGGAGCCGGUGAUUGGCUAAAGGACCGGGAGGAGGAGAGCUGCGAUUGGCCCAGAGAGCGGGUGUGUCACACCCAUGAGAGAGCCAUUCCUAUCCAAGAAACUGUGGAGGCUCUGGACAUCACAGAGGAAGGUGUAGAAACGCUGCUCUGCUAUCUGGAGCUGCAUCCCCAGCGCUUUGUCGAACUCCUCCACCCGACGCUGUCUGUGUGUAAAUUCAGCUGCUAUGGUGGACCAAGACAGCUCCAGAAAAUCACUAAAAUCUGCGCCCCGAUUGCUGUGGUGUUGGCCAGAAAGCGGAUGGCGGGCGAGCAGGUGGAGACCUUUGAUCAGCUGGAGUUUGAUGUUGUCGAGGUCGCGGACACUAUGGGAUGGCAGCUUCCUCUGGUGAAGAGAGGACUCAGACAGCUGCAGUCGAGCAGCGUUGGCGGAAGUAGCGGUGUCCAUGUUGAACUGUCCUCCUUGUCUUUCUACUUCCGUUCCUUCGGCGACCUCAGCGAUGAGGAGAUGGACAGAGUUUGUCAGUUCCUCCAUAAUCGAGUGCAGAACCAAGAGAGAACACAGCUCUACCAGCUGACCGCCUGCUUCAAGGCCUUUAAAAGUGUUGCCUUCCAGAGUGCACAGUCCUGUCUCGAAGAUCUGGACGAGAGUCGCAGUCUCCAGCUGAAAGUCCUUCUCUCUGAGUACUUCGACAAGAGGCGAGACCGAGGCCUCAUGCUGGCACCAGUGGACAUCGAGGAGCUCGACAAAUAUAAGUUGUUGGACUGGGAGAAUCAGAUCAGAGCGGACAUCAGAAGUUUUCUCUCCAACCGAAGUGAUGAGAAGUUUUCUGGAAGAGCUGUUGCUAGGAUCUUGCAUGGCAUAGCCAGUCCUUGUUAUCCUGCUCAGAUCUACGGCAGGGACAGACGCUACUGGAGGAAGUACAUCCAGUUUGACUUCAACCAGCUCAUCAGACUGGCCACUCAGGAGAUCAUUCGCUUCAAAUGAGCGACCAAAUGCACAUACACAUACUUGUCUGCACACAUGCACUAUUCUCUAACUCCCCCACUCAUACUCCUCAUUCUGGUUUUGAUGGAUUUGGCCAGAAACACUUGUUAUGUUUCUCAUUUCACUUCGAUUCAAUCAUGUUGAAACAUUAAGUUAAGUGUUUAAACAUAUGGAUAAUAUACAUUUGUUUUUCUU